AUGUCGAAUUCGAUGAAAUCCGUAACCCACGGUUCAUAUGUGCCGCCCUCGUUACACCCCGUGUACAUGGGUGCAUUGCCUCCGACAAAGAGUGGCGUCGGAUCGAUGUACCAGAACUACCACGUGAGUUACUUCCAAAACUAUCGGAACGAGGUGCUCUCCAGGUUCACUAUGCCCGAGGGACAAUGGGGGCUGAUGAGUUCCGCCUAUACCCCCAAACCCGACCUGGUCGCGGCUAACCGCAUGGCAGACUGGCGCUCGCUCGACAGCCCCAUGCAGAACAUGACACAGGUGAUGGAAGCGGACGUCUUGAUGAUAUAAAUUAUUUCGGAAAUUAGUGAAAGAUAGAAAGGUCUUAAUAA